AUGACCUCAAGAGAGAAGAGUUCACAUUUGUCGCAACUGACCAACCAGUUCCAGCGUAUCGCACAGAAUCACGAUGCGUUCAUGUGCCGCUCCUCUCUUUUCGAUCGUGCCGGUACAGGAAAGCAGAGGCCAGCUGGGGAUGAAGAGAGUCGGCAGCUGAGCGCAAGACUGCACAGUCUAUUCGGCUUUCCACCAUCUAACGCUGGAAGAAGAGAUCUCUCAACGAAUCCAUAUGCCAGAUCGCGCGUAUACGACCUACGGAACUACACCGAUAACAACGAGUGGGGACCUUUCCGUGACGAUGGCACCAUGCGUGUGGAUUGGGAGAUGAUCGAAAGCAUCAUGAUCGUCAUCGGCUAUAACUCUUGCUACUGCACGCAUACAGUAUCGAACAAACUCCGGCCACCAUGGUUUGCUCCACUUGAUGGUGUCAUUCCUGAAGACGACUAUCAGAUGGGCCACUCACGGAACUAUACGGCGCUAGUACAGCAACCGGACAUUUCCCUCAACAUGAAGGAUCCAUACGGAGUGGAAGGUAUCUGGUCACGUAUCGUAUGUUUCCUCGACUACAACGACUUGUACCACUACAACUUCAGCACCGAGGCGAUGAAAGUUCCUUCCGACGAGCCUAGAGAUGCAUUGAACACCGACGAAGCCAUCAGACACAUCAUCAUGGACUUGCGCAUCACAGAUGUCACAGCACCCGGCCCUUUCGACAACUCAAAGCUACCCAUUGUGCAUUUCAGAGGCAAAUCGAAGUCCGUAGAUGCGCAUUGGGAUCCGAACGCCAACUCUGGUAUUCGCGGUACUGUUAGCCUAACACCGGAAGGAGAGGUUCGCUGGCAGACUAUCUCAGUGUUUCAAGGCGGUGAGGAGCGAUGGCGCAGUGACGGCAUUCAAGUUGGUGGGCUGCGCUGCCCGCGCGGUGUGGUAGGAACGUGGUUUGACAAGGAUUUCGAUGCUCAUGGCCCUGCCGGACCAACAGCAUUCUGGAAGGUCAGCGAGAGGCCUGUCGAUUCUGCAGAUGAGGACAGCGAUUCUGAAGACAGCUUUUGGGAUAUGUCAUGA